AUGUCCUCGGAUCCCGAAGAGGUCCCGUCGAACCCCUCUCAAGAGUGGUUGGUGAAGAAUGGUGGAGUCCUUCUAGUGUUAGAGUUCCCUGUGGGCUCCUACUUUGGGAUUGAUAAACACGUGUGGCAGGUUGGUCCGCGCUUUAUGGGCGUCCAUCUUAUCCCCUACGGUGUUCACUAUGUCUUCUACUCAGAGGAAGAGAUGUCCCCUCGGACGGGAUUCUUCGUGGUCUUCGGGCCCAAUCGGCCGCGUAUACAAGUCCGACGAUGGAGCCCUGAGACGGUAGAGUUGCUGGCGGUGGGCCCCCAAGAGACUAGCAAGUACGCGUUCAUGUUCGAAAAUCAGAGGAUGUUCGCGGACCAGCUCGGUCCCUAUCCGAGAGAGGGCUGGGCUCAAUGGAAAGAGAAUACACUAUUUAUUACUCCGGAAGUGAUCUCGAAGUUGCAACCUGUUAACGCGGGCCGACUGAUAAAAUCGUCUGAGGCACCAGGGGCUGAGAAGGCUUCUGUUGAGGGGGAGACUCCAGUGGUCUUCUGGACGGACAUACCUCGAUUCACGUCGACACGGCAUACAGGGUCGGAGCUUACGGCAGCGGCGAUGGACAGGUCUGAGGUCCUUGAGGAGAUACUAGGGACUCUUCGUCAGCCGAAGGACCUUCUGGGGGAACUGCAGGCGGCCUUUGUGGUGUUCAUGUUGGGACAGAGUUAUGAAGCCUUCGAGCAGUGGAAGGCCCUUGUGGGCCUGUUCGCGGAAAGUGAAGGAGCCAUGGAUGGUAAUGAGGACCUCUUCAACUCCCUAUACAGGGUGCUAUUCAAUCAGCUCCAGCAGAUGCCUGAUGAUAUGCUACUGUUGGACGAUGGUAGUAGUAGUUUCGUAGUGCAUCAUUUUCGACGAAUCGUGGAGAACGGUAGCGCGCGCCCAGCACUAGCAAAGAGAGCGGGAUAUUUAAAGAAAUUAUGUGAGAAUAGAUUUGGAGAGAGCUGCGCUGAAGUCGUUGGAGUGGAGGAGGGAGAAGAUGCUCCUGUAGUGGUGGAUUCUGAAGCUCAGUAUUACCUUUGA